UCACGGUAUACAUUUUAAAAAACAUUGAAAAAAGAGCAACCCGUAGAAGAUACCGCACUUCGCGUGUGCAGCACACUUAAUAAUUGCACCCGUAAGAGGCGUACUACGGUGCCAUAUAGCGGUUGUUUACAUAUAAUCAUAAGGAGGACAUAAUGCGCGAAGUCAGUUACAGUGAAUAAAAAAACGGCAGAUGUUUUGCGUGCAGUGCAGGAUUAUGUAUCGCUAUGGUGCGUUAUGUUAUGAUGAACUGCUACCGGGUAUCAGUCUGGAGCCGCGGCUGAAAUGUCAUUGUGCAGUUUGAACCGCGCGUAAAGUCAGAUAUUCACAGCCGUACACACGAGCCGCAACCUGUUGCUCUGAAUUGCUGAUCGGCCGCGCAGAGCGUCGCCAACAUCCGCGAUCAUCAUGCAGGACGACAAAUGGAUCGAUCUGGAGAAAUCCGCCUGCUCCAAUCAUUAUCAGUUCAAGGUCGAAUCGGCUUACGGAGGAAGCCAUUGCCCGAGCACCAUGAGCUUUUCCCAAUGUGCGUUUGACAAUGACGAUGAGACCCUCAUCGCCAUUGACAACAACGGCAUCGCCUACUGCAUCGAUCUGUCCGAUUUUCCGUCCUAUCGUAAAUUGGGCUGUGUCGGUAUGAGUACCUUCGUCACCUUCAACCCUUACGACAAAAACGAAUUGCUGAUUGGUUUAAGUUCGACGAAUAUCAAAGUCAUGAGGCUGAACGCAAUAAACGAUUUUUGCUCGUUGACUGGACACACGGCCCCGGCGACCAGUGUGUCAUUUUACAAGGAUUACUGCAUGACCUCGUCCAGCAAAGAAGUCAUCGUCUGGAUGGUCAAGUCUUAUUGUAAAAUUCAUCAGCUAAGGCUGAACACCAAAAAUAUUGUCGUAAAAAAAGCCAUGUUUUCCAGCCUUGGCUUGGUUGCAGUUUUGUAUGCGACGAAUAUAAUUCAGUGCUGGCCAUUCCAACAAUUUGAAAAGGAUUACAAAAUAGAUAUGGAAAAGCAAGGAUUAAAAAGUGUUGUUAAAGAUUUUGAAUUUACCAGAGAUGGGAGAGCCAUGAUUGUUUGUGGAUUACAAAAUAAGAUUUUAGUAUUUAAUGCAACCAGGUGGGAUGUGCUCAAAAGUUUGGAAUUUCAUGAUAAUUUUUCUGGAGGUAAGCAAGUAUCGAUAGUACCAAUGCCUCUGGAUGGUGGUGCAAAUUCCAUUGUGGCUAUCCUUACUUCUGAUUGUGCCUUAAAAUUAAUAAGUUUAGCAUCUUCUAGUGUUAUUUAUAAUUGUUGCAAUGUACUUACUGGUAUAAAGAAAAUUGCAGUUUCACAAAAAGGUUGUUAUUUAGCAAGUAUUAACAAAAAUGGUUCUCUGGACCUUACCUUUCUUGAAAAAAUACUAAAUAUUAAAUCAGACUCUGGAGUCUUCAAUGGUGUAGAAAAGCCUAAAAAUCAAAGAAAAAUUCAGCCUAAUAAAAAUGAAGAACAUUUAAAGUGUGUGCGUAAUGCUGUUAAAGAAGAAUUGAAACUUCAAAGAUUAAUUCCAAUUUUGAAAGAAUUUGGAGAAUAUCCAGAAAAACAUAGACGACUUAUAUGGUCAACAAUAAUGGAAUUACCCAGUAACAGAAAAGCUUUUGUAGAUUUAUCAAAUAAAGUGCCUCAUCAGGCUAUGUUUGAUUUAUUAAAAAAAGAUUCUUUAAUAGAAAAAUGCAAAAGUUCUGUAUUAGGCACAACUUUGAGUUGUUUAUUACAUUGGUGUCCUAUAUUAUCUGAGUGCGAUUUUCUUCCCAAGACAAUUAUUCCAUUUGUAAAUAUUUUCCAGAAAAGUCCAAUUCUUGCUUUGGAAACAUGCUUGUUUGUACUCAUGAACUAUUGUCAGAAAUGGUUUGAAUAUCAUCCUUUGCCACCUCUUAAUAUAUUAGGCAUGGUUGAAAAUGUGUUAUUAGAAGCAGAUCCAAUACUUUUUGAUUACUUCUGUGAACAAGGAAUAACAAGUACAACUUAUGCAUGGCCACUUCUUCAUAGUACUAUGAGUGAAGUACUUUCAGUCAAUGAUUGGUUAAUUCUGUGGGAUCAUUUAUUUUCAUUACGAAAACCUUGGUUUCUAAUGAUGUGUACCAUAGCAUACAGUAUUUUAUAUCGGAAAACAAUUAUAACAAAAUUACAUACAAUAGAUGAUUUCACACAAUUUUACAAAACUGUUGGUCAUGUUUCCAUCAAAAAUAUUCUCAAGAUUGCUCAUAAAUUGGACAGAGAAACUCCUCAUAGGAUUCAUCCACAUAGAUACCUAAAAAAUGAUGUAAACACAUUGCCAAAAAAAGGACCUUAUCAACCAUUUCUACAAUAUGAAUUCCCCAAGUACCUGACUGAUGAAUUACGUGGUAUUACUUUAAAAAAACUUAAAGAAAAAGAGCGCCGCUUGCGUGGUUUUCAAUUACAUGCCAUGGAACUUUUAGAAGAGAAAAGGCUCCGCGUCGAAAGCGAAAACUUUGUUCGAAACAUUCAUGAAAUGAGACUAAAUGAACUUCGUAAAUGUUAUGAAAAUCAAGUAAAAGAAGAUGAAAAAUUAUUAGAAUAUACAAAAAAAAAGACUGAAGACUUGGAUCCAUGUAAAUAUUUAAGUAACGUUGAUACAAAUUGGAAUGAUAUUUGUUCUAGUGGAAGAUCAAGAUCAGAUUUAACUGAUCACGAAAGACGCAGGAGACGAAAACAUCGGAGUAGUAGAUCUUUGCAAGAGCAAGUUGAUAGAUUAGAGUAUGAAGUUCAUCAUUUACUUGCAAAACUUCAAUCAAGACCAAGAUCUAGAUAUAAAUAAAAUGUACAUUAAAGGACUGAUGAUUUUUUAAUUCUAGUCAUCGAAUAAUGUUUAUUUUGAAA